AUGGAAGAGAUCUGGGAGAGAUCGCUUUCGCCGGAGCGAAUUGCCUACCUGGCGCAGUCCCGCAUUCCGGAGAUCAUUCUCUGCAAUGUGAUUCUCCUGGUAAUCGCGACUGCGGGCCUGGCGGUGCGUCUUUUUGUCCGGAUGAGGUAUCUUACUGGACUCAAUAUUGAUGACAUGCUGUGUGUGGUUAGCUGGGUAUUUACAGUUGUUCUAUGCGUGACUUGUAUGGAGAUGACCAAGUAUGGAUUCGGCAAACACAUUGGAACGAUACAAGACUUCACCACCCGAGGCAUGUUCUUGAGGCUCGACUUCGUCACCAUGGUCGCCUACGUCCUCGCCCUCGGGUCUAUCAAAGUUUCCUUCUGCCUCCUCUACCUACACAUUUUCCCGGGAAAGAAAUUCCGCAUUGCCUGCUGGUGCGUGCUGGGGAUUCUCGUCGUCGAAACCAUCGCGGAGGUCUGCGUGGUAGUCUUUCAGUGUCAGCCUGUUCACAAGGCGUGGGACCCCACGGGUCUGGUGGAGGGUGUCUGCGUCGACAUGAAUCUGUUUUAUUACGUGAAUUUUGCCGUCAAGCUGGGCACCGAUAUUGCUCUUUUCGCGCUGCCCAUGCCGAAACUGGUCCAGUUGAAGAUGACGCUGGGAAAGCGCAUAGGUUUGGUCUUGAUGUUCAGUCUGGGUCUUCUUGUUUGCGUAACGAGCAUCAUUCGAAUCACCUACAUGACGCAGUUCUCUGAGGACCACACCUGGGUCCUGGUCGACACAAUGAACUGGUCCUGCGUUGAAGUCGCCGUCGCCAUCUUCAUCGCCUGCAUCCCCUCUUUCAAAUCGCUUAUCAGCUACCGAUUCCCCGCCCUGCAGCGCAUGCUCGGCCUAUCCAGCAAAGGCGGCUCCAUGGGCCCGUCACGAAUGUACGGCACGGCCACCCGGCGCACGUACAACGGCCUGUCGACCGGACACCAGAAUAGCAUCAAGUUGAAACCGGUGGUCGGGGAGAGCCAGGCGGAGGUGGAGACCAGUCAGAACGGGUCGCAGGAGCGCAUCGUGCAUGCAGGGAUUCAUGUCACGACUAGCGUUCGCGUCAAUGAGAGUGUUUGA